AUGGAAGAUGUAAAUGUGAUGCGUCAUUUCUAUGGAAUACCUCUUGAUUCAGACGACCAUGGGGAAACACUUAAAUGGUUGGCGUAUGGACCACUUAGCUCUGCACGGUCGUAUACAGGUUAUAUUGUGAAUGGGCAACAAUUUCACACAAGAUCAGUUGAUAGGAAAAGUCAGAAUAGUGGGGUUUUCUAUGAGGCUACAGCAGUCUAUAGGUCUAGUGCGAAAGACACUUCACAGUGUCAAUGGGCAGUGAAGGCUAAUGGAGUUAAGAUAGAAGAUGGUUUCACAAUAGUUAACAUGAAUCAUAGUCAGGUCUCAUUUUCAAAGGAUCCAUAUAUAUUAGCCUCUCAUGCGAAGCAAGUAUUUUACCUAAGAGAAGACGAGUCAUCAAAUUGGCAUGUUGUUAUGCGAGGCCCUUCACAGAGAUACAGUAAGAAAGAAUCUGAUGAUGGACUUGCGGAGAUUGGACCAUUGCCAUCUAGUGUUGUCAUGGAUGUAGACAUGGAAGAAGCAGAAAAGCCUUUAAAUACAAGAGGAUUAGGUUUAGGGUCAAAGGGAGUCAAGGGGAAGCAACAUUUUUCGGGUUUGACUGUUGACUCCUCAGCUCGAUCGAGUUGGAACUUGGCCGGUCGAGUAGAUGGUCGAGCUGACUUCAAGAUGGCUUCCUCCUUCGUCCUUUGCGUGUGGUUGAGCUGCGUCCAUGCACCAAGUCCUUCCUUGCUCCUCACGUCCCAAAUGCUCCAAAGUGCUCCAAAAGACCUAUUUCAAGGACCAAACAUGCACAUGUAUGCAAAUGCAACCUAA